UUGCUGAUCUUUUAGCAAAGCAUUCUACCCAUAGUAGAUCUUCUCAUCUUUGGGAAGAUUCUAUCCCCGACUUUAUUUCUCAUGCUUUUGUAAACGACUUGUCCAUCAUCUGAGAAAUAAAGUUUAUUUGCUGUCAAAGAAAAGGAAACUGAGCGGCUCGCCCAUCCUGCUCCCGCGAGCGGACGGGCGAUUCCCGUCUGCGCCGCCGCUAGCCGUCCUCUCCCCUCCUCUUCCCCUUGCUGCCGCUGGAGCGCGCCGCCGGGCAAAGCCCGGUCGGCGUAGGCGGCGGCGGGGCCUGGUCUCCCAUCCCUCGAGGUGGUCUGACGCGGGGAUGCCCCCCUCGAGCUGAUGUGUGGCGCUUGGCGGGGCACGACGGCGCGGCACCAGCAGCCAAGGCGACGGCGGCGGCUGAGGGUGGUGGCGUGGAGGGCUGCUGGGCCUUGCGGGGCAUGGUGCUUGGGGGCUGGCGUGCUUGGAUGCGGUGGUGGGUGCGCUCGGAGUGGCGGCGAGGGUUUCCCAGAUCUGAUCUGGACGGUGGUGGAUCCUCCGGCCGCUUCUUCGCGGGCGGCAUGGGCUGCGGCGGCUUGGGCCUGCCAGCGGCGCGCGGGGGUUGUUACGCUCGUCCUCGUCGGCAUGGUGGCGGUGGUGGUGGUGCGUGCCGGCCGGAUUUUGCCUUUUUCUGGCCGGCUGCGCAGGUUUGGGGCCCUGGCCCGGCGUGGCUGCGGUCCUGGCUGUGGGUGGCGGCGGCGAGGUGGCUUUGCCGUGCCGGCUCCAUGGCAGCUCGGCGGGUCGACUGGGGCGGCGGCUGGAUUUCCGGUGUCAGCUCGUCCAUUGGCGGCCCGUUUCGACCUUCGGCCCUCUCCUCGUCGUCUGGUUGCUACCUCCGUCGAAGGAUGGACAGAGGCUCACAGAUCGCUAUUAACAGAGGCUCACAAGUCGAUAUCAUGGCAGAAGAUUUCGCGAAAGGAAAUGCUGACGUGAAUCACCAGCACAAAUUAUUUCUCGUCAGUUCUUAACCUGACGGUCAGCUUUGCUACAGUAUUGUUCAUCAAGUAAGACAGGUAGAAAAAGUUACGUUUAUUGGGCA